AGGAAAUCAAAAAUAAGCGCGUGAGACCAACGCGCCGUCGGUAACGCCGAUGACAAGACACAGUGGGAAGACUUGAUCAGUUUUUGUCAUAAAUUUGUUUGUCUUAUCUUUCAUGGUGGCAUCUUCCCCCAACUUCCUUCCUCAUUUCCUCUCCAUUUAUUUAAUUUCCACUCUCCUUCCCCAAAACAAAGGAGGAAGGGAAAAAAAAAACCCACCUUUGCUUCUCGCCGGAAAACAAAAAAAAAAUGGAAUCGACGUUGCUCUCGACGUUACAGCAGGGAAAAUCGUCUAUGGCCAAGAAAUCGACCAAGCAGACGAAGAAGAAGACGAAGCCCAUCAAAGUAAGGUACAUAUCGAACCCAAUGAUGGUGGAGACUUGUGCCUCCAAGUUCAGAGAGCUCGUGCAGGAGCUCACCGGCCAAGGCGCCGCCGAUCUACCACCGGAGCCACCCAUUUUUCUGGCGGGUGACUCUUCUCCAGCCUCUGACGCCGUCCCGGCGACGGAGGCUCUGGCCGAUCGGGAGCCGUAUCACGAUGUGGCGGAUCGUGUGCCGGAGUACUACUUCGAGCCGCUGGAUGGUGAUGUGUCGGUGCCUCCUCACACGUCGGAAAGUUUCUCUGGGUGUUUUACAAACGGGUUUUAUAGUGUGAACGCGUUGGGAAGCAUCGACUCGGUUUGAUCCUUUGAAUUAGGGUUUCAUCAACACAACCUAUAUAUAUACACCCACACACACAUGCAGACAAUUACGAGAGUAUAUAUACGAAAGAAUAACAGGAAUUUCAUAUAUAUUUUUCAGAAUCUGCGAUUGUUUGUGUUCCUGUUUCAUGAACCUUUUUUAUAUGAAAUGAAUCAAUCAUCAACAAAACUAACAAACUAAUAAUAUUCAACGUCAUAUAUAUAUACGAGCAGCACAUCGAUUGAUCACCUGUUAUCAUCUUUUUCGAGUUCAGUUUCAGUUUUUCAUUCAUGGUGUAAUGGAUACAACGGAAACGAAAUAAUAUAAAUAUACAAAGCAGCCCUUCGGGGCCAGGUCAGGUGGUAAGGAAGCAGGGUGAGCAACCCUGAGGUGGAGGGAUCGAAUCCCAACAUCGAUCUUCCUUACGCUUGACCUGCUCGUCUGUCAGCCCAUCCUAAUGGACUGAUUUACCUCCUCCGCGUGU